AUGGAUUUUGAUCCAGAACAUCCAAAAUGGCUUUGUUGUUGCUGUCGUUUGGUUAAUGGUUUGAUGAUAUUAGCUAGCUCAGAAAUUGUCUUAUCAGUACUAUUACUAUUAUAUUCCAUUGCAUAUAUUGCUAUACCAUCAAAUCCUGAUGAACAGUACGAUAAUGACCUAUGGUUUAUGAUAAUAUUGAUACCAAUUAGUAUUAUGUAUGGUGUAACAUCCGCACUUCUAUUCUUUGGAAUUAAUAAAUAUAAGGAAAAAUUAUUGUAUCCAACAUUAGUAGCACGAGCAAUAAUUGUCAUUUUCAUGCAAGUAUUUGGUGUUUCCGUUGCUGUUCGACCAUCUCCUAGUAUUAAUGAUGUUAAUUGGGAUGAAUCAGAUGAUGAAAAAAUGCAUAAAAAUUUAGUUAAAAAAAACAUGCAGAAAGAAUUAACAGUUUCUCAACGUCUAAUGUUAUUAAUGUUCUUCAUGAUGAUAAUAUCAAUAUUUGUAUUUUAUACACUCUAUCUAAUUGUACGAUGUAUUCGCUACAUAAAAGCAUAUAAACGACUUUUACUUAGGAAACGUUCGUUAAUCGUCGCUUGUCAAAUUAAUCAUGAUUAACGGAUAUGUGAAUCUUGCAAAUUCAAUGAAUGGAUAAACGACAAAGUUUGCUUCGCUAAAUUUGACAAAAUUAUCAAAUGUAAUGGCUGAAAAUAUUCGUCUCGAAAUAAACUAUUCAUUGGAGCCUAUUAUGAUGAUCUCAUGCUAUUAAAUUUGCUUAAAUUUAUCCUUAAUAUUAC